AUGGUGGUCACGUGACCCAGCGCAGCGGCCCAGACAGCAUCAGAAGCAGAGACAGCAGCGCUAAACACACUCGUCUGACACACACACGUACAGGUAAAGAGCAGCACCGGCUGGUUCGGGCUUCGGUAUCAUCCGUGGACCGGUUCCGUGCCUCUAGCACACCCGGUUCUGGCGUUUUAAAGCGGGAAACCAGCGAGGAGCGCGGGAAGAAUCCCCGACGCUGAUUGGCCGGCGGCUCUUCUGAAGCGAUGACGUCACGGGCGGAGCGCAGGAGCAGCUGACGCGCAGGAGAAUCCCGUGCGUGCGCGCCGCCGCUGCCAUGAGCGUGCGCAGAGGAGCGUUCCGUCCGUCGAUGACGUCACCCCCCAGGAGCGGGCGUGCGCCGGCCGCGAUGACGUCAUGAGGGGGCUACCUCGCGGAGGAGAAAGUUUUCUGUGACUUGGAUAUUUGGUGAAUUAUUAUGCCUCCAGAUUUCUCGGGAAAGGCUGGCGACUUAAUUUAUGUGCCUUGUUGCUAGUUUUAUGCAGUACUUUUGGGCCGGAAGUGUUUGUGAAGCAGCAGGAACCCCAAGGACCCGCCGGUGAGCCGGGUGACUCUGUGGACUCGUGCGGAUCCGCUCGUAGAAGCAGGCAUGUUCGCGGCGGUGGAGCUUGGGCCCGUCCUCUGCAGCGACUCCAACAUCCUGUGCCUGUCCUGGAAGGGCCGCGUGCCCCGCAGCGAGAAGGAGAAGCCCGUGUGCAGGAGGCGCUGCUAUGAGGAGGGCUGGCUGGCCGCGGGGAACGGCCGGGGAGUCGUGGGCGUCACCUUCACCUCCAGCCACGGCAGGAGAGACCGGCCCUCCCCGCAGCGCAUCAACUUCAACCUCCGGGGACACAACAGUGAGGUGGUGUUGGUGCGAUGGAACGAGCCCUUCCAGAAGCUGGCGACCUGCGACACCGACGGCGGGAUCUUCGUCUGGAUCCAGUAUGAGGGCCGCUGGUCAGUGGAGCUGGUCAAUGACCGCGGAGCUCAGGUGAGCGACUUCACCUGGUCUCACGACGGCAUGCAGGCGCUGAUCUCGUACCGCGACGGCUUCGUGCUGGUGGGCUCGGUGAGCGGUCAGCGCCACUGGUCCUCGGAGAUCAACCUGGAGAGUCAGAUCACCUGUGGGAUCUGGACCCCCGACGACCAGCAGGUGUUGUUUGGCACAGCGGACGGGCAGGUGAUCGUCAUGGACUGUCACGGCCGGAUGCUGGCUCAUAUACUGCUGCACGAGGCGGAGGGCAUCGCUAGCAUGGCCUGGAAUUACCCCAGCUUUCUGCUGGAGGACAGCAGCGAGAGCGACACGGACUCGGACGAUUACACGCCUCUGCAGGUGCACCGUCUGAAGCCGCUGUUGACCGUCUGCUUCACGUCUGGAGACGUCAGUUUGAUGAGCAACUACGAUGACCUCUCACCCACGUUAAUACGCACCGGCCUCAAAGAUGUGGUGGUGCAGUGGUGCUCUCAGGGCGACCUGCUGGCUGUUGCUGGCAUGGAGAGACUCGUGAUGACCUCUGACCCCACCCGAAACGCCAUUGUUAAGUUUUACAAUGUUUGCGGUGAACACAUUUACUCACUGGAGACACCUGCUCAGAGGCCGAUCAGUGCGCUGUGCUGGGGCCAUCGGGACUCGCGUCUGUUCCUCGCCAGCGGCCCGGCGCUGUACGUGCUUCGCGUCGAGCAUCGGGUCGCCAGCCUGCAGCUGCUGUGCCGACAGGUGAUCGCCAGCGCGGUACACGAGGAGAAAGACGUGGCCAAGCUCAGCAUGCCCUCUCGCCUGAGCACAAGCGUGUCUUCUGCCUUCGCUUCUACCAUUAAGCCCCCCAUCCCGGAUCCCAACAACAUGCGGGACUUUGUUAGUUAUCCGACAUCAGGUAACGAGCGUCUGCACUGCACCAUGAAGCGCACCGAGGACAACCCUGAGGUCGGCGGCCCUUGCUACACCUCUUUCUUCGCUUGGUACCUUCUCUGUAGAGACUUAGUGUGUCCCUUUACCAACAGGAUAAAUAUAGAUCCCCGUAAGUCCCCCAAGCUCUCCCGCACCGCACAGGAAAUAUCGCGAUCGCCUCGGUUACCCAUUCGCAAGCCCUCCAUUGGCUCUCCGAGUCUGACUCGGCGGGAGUUUCCGCUCGAUGACAUCACACAGCACAAUUAUCUUGCGCAAGUUACAUCUAACAUAUGGGGAACAAAGUUCAAAAUUGUGGGGCUUGCAGCAUUUUUGCCAACAAAUCUUGGAGCAGUUAUCUACAAGACAAGUCUGCUUCACCUCCAGCCCAGACAGAUGACCAUCUACCUCCCUGAGGUGAGGAAGAUCUCAGUGGAAUACAUUAACUUACCUAUGUUUAGUCCUAAUGUCUUCAGUGAGGAUGAGGACGACCUGCCUGUCACAGGAGCAUCAGGAAUCACUGAUGAUAAUCCACCUUGCACUGUCAACAUACCCAUCGCCCCCAUACACAGCCCCGCGCAAGCCAUGUCCCCAACCCAGAGCAUUGGCCUUGUCCAAUCCCUAUUAGCCAAUCAAAACGUCCAGUUGGAUGUGUUGUCCAAUCCAACAUCGACUGUGGCACCACCUGGGGUGUCUGACCAAGGACAGCAGGACACUGUGCUCACUGCGCAGUACACCGUUCCUGCCAGGUAUUCUAGUCCUGGACAGGUAAUCUUUGGGGGUAUGGAGGUUGGUCGGAUUUUAGUUGCGCAAUCCCAACAACAACAGCAGCUGCAACAACAUUAUCAACAGCAGCAGCAGCAUCAACAGCUACAGCAACAGCUUCAACAAUAUCAGCUGCAGCAGCAACAGCUGUUGCAGCAUCAGCACAUGCAGCAACAGCAGCAGCAACACAUGCAACAGCAGAUCCAGCAGAUGCAGCAGCAACAGCAAAUGCAGCAGCAGCUUCAGCAUCAAAUCCAACAGCAGCAUCUGCAAAUGCAACUGCAGCUGCAGCACCAGCAAAUGCAGCAGCAGUUGCAACAGCAGCAUCAGAUCCAAAUCCCUGUUCCAGCUUUGCCCUCAGGUCAACCGUCAUGCCCGGUCAUUCAGCUUACGCAGAGUACCAUCCCGGACGUUCCCCCAACAGCAGAGCACGGCGCGGAGCAUGAGCUCCUGCUUAAAAUUAAAACGACGCGUUCUGCCCCUCAACUGGCUGAGGUUGAUGCAGUAGUUUUUACUGCCCCUCUUGAGAUUAGUAAGAUGAAUCCUCCCCCUCCUUACCCGGGCACAGUUUCCGCUGCCAUGGCCGCAGUUUCCGCUACUGUUUCUACAAGUUGCACCUCGGGAAGCAGCUCCAGCACUUCAUCCUCAGGGGAAGCUUGUGUAAAGAAAGGGGAUCUAACCUUGUAUCCACCUGGAGCACAGGCAGCUCAGUACCCAACCCCACUGGGCUACGAACGAAUCACCACAUUUGACAGCAGCGGAAAUGUGGAGGAGGUGUGCCGUCCCCGCACGCGAAUCGUUUGCAACCAGAACGUUUACACACUGCAAGGCCCGGGAAGCUCUGCCACCCUCAGGGUCUCAUCAUCUUCCUCUGCUGUAGAGGGGAAGAAGGUGCAGUUGCCCUACGCCUCAGCCACGUUGAACCGUCUCACUGUGCCAAGGUACUCUAUACCCAGCGGGGACCCGCCCCCUUACCCUGAUACAGCCAAUCAGGGUGGAGCGGGGCGGAACCCUGGCCAGAGAUUGGACAGCAGCUUGAUUCACGCUACCUUGAGGCGGAACAGUCGGGAAGCUGCGCUGAAGGUUUCUCAGAUCCUGGAUCCCCAAAGAACCCUGCCCUCCAAGGCCAAAGCCAGUGCUUUGUCUGCUUCCUAUCAGCCGAGAGGGCCGACGGCUCUUUAUACAUGCAGUCAGUGCAGUAGUAACGGUGGGGUCAGCGCUGGGGCCACCAGCAGUGGAAGUAAUGGAAUAGCUGGGGGGACAAUCAUUAGGCAAGAUUUCCCACUGACCGGAGGUGGUGCACCUCACAGCACUGUUAUAGUGCACUCAAACAGUGCCUCGCCUCUUACUUCCCAAUCUUCCUACAGCCUACUCGGUAUGGACGGAACCGGUGGAGUGUCUAGUGCAGGUGGAAACAGGGAAAGGGCUGACUAUAUCAACUCCGCCUUUACAGAGGACGAGGCUUUAAAUCAGUCUCUGAGGCAAAUGACUCUUAAUACGGAGGUAGUGAGUUUGACAGUCAAACGGCCACCACCGUAUCAAUGGGAUCCGUCUACUAAUGAAGAGAUCUGGGUUCCGCAAGAGCGUACUGCUACUCUGCCCACCUCUGGACCUCCUGCAUCCCACAAACCUCCCCCACUCAUCCUCAGCCCUGCACAGCAUCUGGACGUCUCCCGUCUUCCGUUUGUCCUCUCGCCUAAAUCUCCGAUGAGUCCUAACGCUGUAACUUUCCAACUGGCGGGAGCAUACCAGAUUGCUCUGCCCUAUCCACCAAGUGCGGUCUACAGUGGUUCCGUGCAAGCUUCUCCACGUCCCACCUCUCCCAAAGAGGUGGUUACUCCUCUUCCCUUUUCCCAGCAGGACCAAGCAGUGGUCUUGCCACCCGGUUAUUCUCCCAAUCUUGCUUGCUGCCCUCUCCCACCAAUGUACCCUGGGACAGCUUCUUGUUCGAAUCUGCCUGUGACUCCCAUUACGCUUCAUCCGUGGGGUUCUUACAAUCCCUGUCCACCCAUGCCAAGCCCCCCAGGUCCUGCUCCAUCCCUUCCACCAAAGACCUCGCACUUGCUGGAUAAGCCUGUUCUUUCUCCUCCCCCUCAACCACCUCCUCUGCCUACGCCUCCUCCAGACCUCCAGAGUCCCCCAGAAUCCAUCGCCGAGGCUGGGGAAAACUUUCAAGAGGUGCUCUCGCUCAACGAAAGCCCGGUUCCUCAAAGAGCGGAUAGGUUUGGCAAGAAGAACCGCAAGCGUUUGGACAACAGUCGGGCGGAGGAAGCCAAUGUUCCGGCGAUCACAGAAGGAGGCAACAAGUCCAAAAAAGAGGGCCGUGCCCUCAGUGACUUCAACUCCCUCAUUUCCAGUCCGAGGUUAGGCGGUCGAGACAAAAAGAAACCGAAAAGCCAGAAAGAGCAGCUGAAAGCCAAAAAGCUAAGCAAGGCCACCACCAACGAGUUCCAGGACAGCUCCGAGAGCGAGCCGGAGGUCUUCAUCAGUGGCGAUGAACUGAUGAACCAGAGCCAGAGCGGUAAAAAGAGCUGGAAAGCAAAAAGGAACUUGCGGGCGGGAGGUUGCGAGCUAGACGAAAUCAAAUGCCGAAAGGCUAACGAGAAAGAAGACCGUGGCCUCGGCAGCCAAGGGUUCGUCUACAUCAUGGCCAACAAACAGCCUCUUUGGAACGAAGCCACGCAGGUCUACCAGCUGGACUUUGGAGGAAGAGUCACGCAGGAAUCGGCGAAGAACUUCCAGAUUGAGCUCGAGGGGAGACAGGUGAUGCAGUUCGGAAGGAUCGAUGGGAACGCAUACAUCCUGGACUUUCAGUACCCCUUCUCAGCUGUGCAAGCUUUUGCUGUAGCACUUGCUAAUGUCACCCAGCGCCUCAAGUGAUCGAAUGGGCUUGAACAUUUUAGCCAAUUCUUUCCUCGCUCUCUCUGUUGUUCUUUUAGCAUUUUUCCCAGUUUAAGAUGCAGUACUAAUACUUGAAAACUACAUCUGGGAAGCCACAUUUUCCGAGUGUUAGAGG